UAAGUGGCAAUGAAAUUAGUUGCCCCUCAAACACCUUUCCAAACUAAACGAAUAGAAAAAGUAACUCCACGCAAUGAAAGCAUACACAACGCUAUGCCUGAUUUUUAGCAUUGUUUUUAGUUCCGGCAAUGCCGACUGUCCGGAAACGGAAGAUGUUGUAUGGGCUCUCGGCCCAAUAGGCUGUCAGGUUUUUCGCAAUGCAUGUUUCUUUGCCGAUGCAGAAGGUCAAGGUUUCAGUUUAAGUCCCAAGGAGGAAUGCCAGAAACAUUGCCCCCGGAACUGCAGCAUUUUCAACUCCUUCUCGACAGCCAUUUAUAGGGGGCAGAGUCGUGUGUUUGGCAAUAGCUGUGUUAGAGAGGCCUAUAACUGUCGCUCUGGCGAGACUUACAUAUGAAGUGAAAUAAAUAUCAAAAGAUAUUUGUAAGCAAGUAAAGCUUUUUGAAAUAUAUACAUGCUUAUUAUGCCAAGAUAAAAACGUA